AACCAAACUUUACGUUGAAUACACGUCGUGCAAUUUAAAACCUUAAGGUCUAUUAGCGUAAGGGCUAAACGGAUUGUCCCCGGCAAGAAUAUAUUAGUGACGAGAUUAGAAAUUUGCCGGCGUUUAUUUCUUUUUUAUGCUAAGUGCCAAGGUAGGAAUUUAAGGUGGCUUCGGUUGAAAAGUGAAGUUCCAAAUUAAAGCUCGAUUUAGUAUGACCUUAAGGUAUACGUAAGGUAAUAUAGCCCGUUAGCUUACGGGAACUAUUCGCUUGUGAAAGUAAUAGACUCCGGAGAGCCUUAACAGAUGGUCCAAAAUUCGUGGAACCAAUACCAAAUGUAACAGUAGCACUGGGAAGGGAUGCAAGUCUUCCCUGCGUGGUUGAGAAUCUCGGAACAUACAAGGUGGCGUGGAUCCAUAUAGAUCGGCAAAUGAUAUUGACUAUUCACAGGCACGUGAUCAGUCGUAUACCCAGAUUCAGUGUGUCACAUGAUAACGCAAAAACCUGGCUACUGCACGUCAAUAACGUACACAAGGAAGACAGAGGAUAUUAUAUGUGUCAAGUUAAUACCAAUCCCAUGAUUAGUCAAGUGGGGUAUUUACAAGUUGUUGUACCACCAAACAUCAUAGACAGUCUUAGUACGCCCUCUAGCGUGGCAGUACGUGAAAAUCAAAACGUCAGUUUGACAUGUAAAGCCGAAGGGUUUCCAACCCCUAAAAUCAUGUGGAGAAGGGGUGAUAGUCAAGAAAUCUCUGUUGACCGAAAGAAAAAGGUGGCCGUUUAUGAGGGAGAACAUCUGAAUUUAACCCGCAUAAGUAGAACAGAGAUGGGUGUUUACCUCUGCAUCGCCACGAAUGGGGUGCCACCGUCUGUCAGCAAAAGGGUAGUCGUCGACGUAGAAUUUCCACCAAUGAUAUGGGUACCAAACCAGUUGGUAGGUGCUCCAGCUGGUACUGACGUCACUUUAGACUGUCAUACAGAAGCCCACCCGAAAGCUAUCAGUUAUUGGGUGCGGGAUAAUGUUAUGCUACUACCAACAAAAAAAUAUGGAUCGGACCUAACUGAAAAUAGUUACAUGGCACACAUGAAAUUGACUGUCCGAAACCUCCAGACGAUCGACUUCGGCAACUAUCGGUGCAUCUCGAAAAAUUCCCUCGGGGAAACCGAAGGCUCCAUCAGGCUCUACGAAAUUCCUAUGCCUACCACAAUUUCCAAACCAACGGAAGUGAGGAGUCAGCUUCACAAAGAGAAUAUGUCAAAGCGGAACAUCAGUAAGGGCAACCAGGAAGAGAAAAUGAGGAGUAAAAUGCUUUCAUCCUCGGAAAAUGACGAGAAUGCUUUGCAAAAGGAGGUUGAAAUGAGACAAGAGUAUGGGAGUGGAUACCAUACACCUUCUAAACCACAGUUAUCCGGUUGCGUCAGCAUGGCCAGAUGGACGUUCUCCCAGUUUGCAGCUGUGAUCCUCAACUGUUUUUUCUAUCAGCACCGUAUUUAAACUUUUGUUGGAUCAAUGUUGACUUUGUCUAUCUACUUUUUUUGUUUAAUUAUUAGCUUUUUUUGUUAAUAGACGCCUUCUGAAUCGGCUUUUGCCAUGUGGCAGUAAAAUCUUUUCUUUUUUUUUUUUAAAUAGAGUACAGUGUAAUCAAGCCCUAAUCAAGCUAAGUAAGGUCGCAUUCGGAAUACUCGAUAAUUAUUUUAAGGAAUUAUUUCCUUUUAGAAUCGAGUUUUGCACGUUUAGAGAGGUUUAAUUAGAGAUACGGUUGAACAGAAUUUAACUAAAGUUACACUGAUUAAUAAAAGAGUUUUUAAAUUUGUACUUUUUACGAAAUACGUUUUAAUUAACAGUUCUUUUGGCGAAAGUCUAUUUUAAUGGCGAUUCUGAGAAUGAAACAAUGAUGUGCCAAAGCUAUAUGUCUCUCUCAGAACCAGUUUAGUAAAAAUUAUAAAGAGCAUAUCGAAUGACUGACGUUAAUUAUUAAUAAAAAAAAAACAUUUCUAGCAGGCAUAUCUUUAAAAGACGUAUUUACAUAUCAUAAAUUAAAUUGUCGUAAAAACACAACAUCAGAGGAAAUGAUAUUUAAGCUCACUUCAGACCUGCUUUUUUUACUAUAUAAAUGAACAAAAUGUAUUAAUCAAACCAAUUAUUUUAUACUGCUAGGGGCCUAAUUUUGUUUCUUGUUAUGUACGGUUUUUAGGUAAUACUCUUAGUGAAUUUAGACCUUUUUUAUGUUUAAUGAAU